AUGGCCGACGGAGUAGCACCAACAGAGGCAAAAUGGAGGUACCUCCAAAACGUCCUCAACCGGCGGGGUCCCUUUACGGAUCCGGACUGGGAGCCUGGAAUGACGACGCUUGAAACUUUGGCAAACAUGAAGAUCCUCGGUGCUGGUGGACUGGGCUGUGAAAUCCUUAAGAAUCUCGCUCUUUCUGGAUUCAAAGAUAUCCAUGUUAUUGAUAUGGACACUAUCGACGUUUCCAAUCUGAACCGCCAAUUCCUCUUCCGGCACAGCGAUGUCGGACGCCCAAAGGCGGAAGUUGCAGCCCAGUUCGUUGAGAAGCGUGUAAAAGGCGUUAAAAUUACCCCGUACUGCGGCAAGAUUCAAGACAAAGAUGAAGAGUACUACAUGCAAUUUGGCAUGGUCGUCUGCGGCCUUGACAGCAUAGAAGCUCGUCGAUGGAUAAAUGCUAUGCUCGUUGGCAUGGUAGAUGAGGAUAGCCCAGAUUCCCUGAAGCCUUUGAUCGACGGAGGUACCGAAGGCUUCAAGGGACAGGCCAGAGUCGUCCUUCCUACCAUGACUUCCUGCAUUGAGUGUCAGCUCGACAUGCAUGCACCGAGGGCAGCAGUUCCCCUGUGCACUCUUGCCACUAUUCCCCGCCAACCGCAGCACUGCAUCGAGUGGGCGCACAUCAUUGCAUGGGAAGAAGAGCGCAAAGAUAUCACUCUUGACACCGAUGAUCCAGAGCACAUCACGUGGCUUUACAACAAAGCACUGUCUCGUGCUAAGGAGUUCAACAUCCCCGGAGUGACUUACUCUAUGACCCAGGGCGUUGUCAAAAACAUCAUUCCCGCCAUUGCUUCCACUAACGCCAUAGUGGCUGCUAGUUGCUGCAAUGAAGCAUUCAAGAUCGCCAGCAACACCAAUCCUCCCUUAGGUAUCCCGGAGACCAGCAAUUAUAUGAUGUAUACGGGUGAUGACAGCGUUUACACAUACACCUUUGAGCAUCAGAAGAAGGACGAUUGCCCCGUCUGCGGAAACCUGGCAAGAAAGUUGGAUGUCUCUCCAAAGUGUACGCUGGGAGAGUUCCUGGAAGGCAUGGCCGAGAGACCAGAAGCGCAGCUCAAAAAACCCUCAAUCCGUACGGAAGCGAAAUCGCUGUACUACCAGUUCCCUCCCAGUCUCGAGGAACAGACGAGAGCCAACCUGACGAAGAAGCUGGUCGAGCUUGUUGGAGAUGGCGAGGAGGUGGUGGUCUCCGAUCCGGCGUUCCAACAGCCAUUCAAGUUCAAGCUGGUCUUCAGGGACUAG